GAACAUUCUAAGACAGACAGUAACUGACGUUUCCCUCGGCCAAUCAGGCUGCAAGGGGAAGUAGUGACCGCCCAAUCGGGGCAGCGGAUCCUCGCACGGAGGAGAGAGGGGGAAGCGCAGUGAAUAAAAUCAUCAUUGUGUCACCAUAAGAAACCAGCGCUUUCCUGCCACCAUGACGGAGCCGGAGUUAUUGCUGGAUUCCAACAUCCGCCUGUGGGUUGUCCUUCCCAUCGUGUUUAUUACCUUCUUUGUGGGUAUGAUCCGGCAUUACGUCUCCAUCCUGCUGCAGAGCGACAAGAAGCUGACGCAGGAGCAGGUGUCUGACAGUCAGGUGCUGAUUCGCAGCAGGGUUCUUAGAGAAAAUGGCAAAUACAUCCCAAAACAGUCCUUUCUCAUGAGGAAGUUCUUCUUCAACAAUUCAGAAGAUGGAUUUUUCAAGAAGACGAAGAGGAAAGUGGUUCCUCCAUCUCCUAUGACUGAUCCCACAAUGCUAACAGACAUGAUGAAAGGGAAUGUGACCAACGUUUUGCCCAUGAUCCUCAUCGGUGGCUGGAUCAAUAUGACCUUCUCAGGAUUUGUGACCACUAAGGUACCGUUUCCCCUGACUCUUCGCUUCAAGCCGAUGCUGCAGCAGGGGAUCGAGCUUCUGUCCCUGGACGCUUCCUGGGUGAGUUCUGCCUCCUGGUACUUCCUCAACGUGUUCGGCCUGAGAAGCAUCUACUCCCUGAUCUUAGGCCAGGAUAAUGCUGCAGAUCAGUCCCGGGUGAUGCAGGAACAGAUGACUGGCGCAGCCAUGGCGAUGCCAGCCGAUACCAACAAGGCUUUUAAGACGGAGUGGGAAGCGCUGGAGCUGACGGAUCAUCAGUGGGCCCUGGAUGACCUGGAGGAGGAGCUGAUGGGGUCCGACCUAAACUUCGAGGGAAUGUUCAAGAAAGAACUGCAAAACGCCAUGUUCUGAAACUUGGCUUCAGAGCUUACAUUCAUCUGUUUACCAGACUCCGAUACCCGCUUCACCUUCCAGGCACCUGGAUUAAUACUGUGUACAGUAGUGCUCCGAGCUUAGUAACCAUACAGCUGGUUAGAAGUAUUUAUUUCCCGGUAGCUAUUCGUCAUGAACAGGACGUCAGACCCAGAGUGACUGUGAAUUCAGUAGGAAGUAGCCGGCUGUUACCCUGGUUCCACUUCAUGCCCGUCCUCCCUCCCACAGUAAGGAACGUUACAAGGGCAUAGGUAUAGUGGGGUCUCAAGCUUCUGUAUCCAAGCGGCAUCAGUGCUUCAGUUUUAUUUAAUAAUUAUUUUAUUGCAGUGUAAUAAGUUAAUGGCAUUAUUAUUCAUAAAAAAUAGAAAAUUGAGGAUAUAUUGAAAAUAAUAAUUUCUAAUUUAUUAGUUUGCAGGAACAGGUAGAGAAGCAACUGUCUGCAUACUUUGGGGUAUAUGCAAUUCCGGACGAAUUGCGCCUUUUUUUGCCAGUUUUUUAAUUAGACACAAUUCGGCCGUUGAAUCCCGGCCGGCGGGUGCCGGAAUUCGACAUAUUCAAUUAAAAACGGAUUCGACAGUCCCGCUGUCGAAAAACGGACCAAUUGACGGAUAAGUGCGUCCUGGAUUCGACUUUUCGGACGGCACAAAAAUGGUUAAAGAACCCUGAAAAAUAUUGCGUGGGGUCCCCCUUCCUAAGCAUA